CCACAGAUUUUAUUAGUCUCGGACCUCGGAUGCUGCUUGUUACACCUCUCAUGGUAUUGUUGAGGGAGGGAAGAAGGAAGGCUGGGAUCUUCUUCGCUUCAAGGAGUCACGCCAAAAGCCAACCCACAGAGGCUUUUCCUGCACGCCUUCUCAGUUCCCACUCUGGUCAAACAGUAAGAACCCACCCAUCCAUCUCUUUCUCUCCAUCCCCAUACGUUUCUCAUACCUCCCCCAACUCUGUCCGACUACACCUUCCCCUGUUCAUUUAACUAUAUGGGCAUAUCUUCCUCUUCAUAUCUCCCACUUGUUGAUUUGUGUCUCAUUCUUUACAUCUCCAGCCUCCCUUACUUCCAAGCAUAAGCAUACAACCUCUAGCUAUACAUACAUAUAGAUAGAUAGAUAGAUAGAGGAAGGAAACCAUUUCUUGCUACAUUUUGUAUCAAAUCGUCCCUUUUUUUCGACUUUUUCAGUAACAACAUGAAGGAAGGGGGGGAGGUAAGGAGCUCAGCAGGGCAGGUGAUAAUGGAGAUAGAGUCGAACAAGCCGGCGGGGAAUGGAAUUGUGGUGGGGGGGCUGAGUCCGCUAAGCGAGACCCUGUGGAAGGAGAAGAUUGAUACAGAAUUCAUCGGCGACGUGUCGGCCAGGCUCGCCUGGAAGGACUUGACGGUGACGGUGACGCUCGGCAACGGAGAGACACAGAAGAUCUUGGAGGGCCUCACCGGGUACGCCGAGCCGGGGACUAUUACAGCCUUGAUGGGCCCGUCGGGGUCGGGGAAGUCGACGCUCCUCGACGCGCUCUCCAGCCGCCUUGCCACCAAUGCUUUCCUCUCUGGAACUAUUCUCCUUAAUGGAAGGAAGAUGAAGAUGUCUUUCGGGACUGCGGCAUAUGUUACCCAGGAUGACAACUUGAUUGGUACUCUAACAGUGAGGGAGACGAUAUCAUACUCUGCUUGCCUCCGGCUUCCCAAUACGAUGCCGCAGGAGGAGAAAAGAGCUUUGGUGGAGGGCACCAUAGUUGAAAUGGGCCUCCAAGAUUGUGCGGAUGCUGUGAUCGGCAACUGGCAUCUGCGGGGGAUAAGUGGUGGGGAGAAGAGGAGGGUCAGCAUUGCUCUUGAGAUCCUUAUGAGACCCAGAUUGCUCUUCCUCGAUGAGCCCACGAGUGGUCUUGAUAGUGCUUCAGCCUUCUUUGUGACGCAAACUCUGCAUGGUCUAUCAAGAGAUGGAAGGACUGUUAUAGCUUCAGUUCACCAACCAAGCAGUGAGGUUUUCGAGUUAUUCGAUCGCUUGUACUUGCUCUCGGGGGGCAAAACUGUUUACUUUGGGCAGGUUUCAGAGGCAUAUGCGUUCUUUGCUCAAGCUGGAUUCCCUUGCCCAUCCCUAAGAAACCCAUCAGAUCAUUUCCUAAGGUGCAUAAACUCAGACUUUGAUAAGGUGAAAGCUACUCUGAAGGGAUCGAUGAAAAGAAGGUUUGAGAGAAGUGAUGAUCCACUAGAGAAAAUGACUACAAUGGAAGCCAUCCGGAGACUGACUGACUUUUAUAGUCAUUCCCAAUAUUACUACUCGGCACGAGAGAAAGUGGAAGAAAUCUCCCAAGUUAGAGGAGCAGUGUUGGAUUCAGGAGGCAGUCAGGCUAGCUUUUUGUUGCAGGCUCUCACUUUAACCAGGCGCUCAUUCACAAACAUGUCGAGGGAUUUUGGUUAUUACUGGUUGAGGCUUGUGAUUUACCUUGUUGUGACCAUUUGCAUCGGAACCAUUUACUUAAAUGUCGGAACUGGAUACGGCUCCAUUCUGUCUAGGGGUGCUUGUGCUUCUUUUGUCUUCGGCUUUGUCACAUUUAUGUCUAUUGGAGGAUUCCCAUCAUUCGUGGAAGAUAUGAAGGUUUUUCAGAGAGAGCGGCUCAAUGGACACUAUGGCGUGUCAGCAUUUGUCAUCGGCAAUACACUCUCUGCAUUGCCAUUUCUAAUCUUGAUAACCUUUGCCUCUGGAACCAUAUGCUAUUUUAUGGUUCGCCUUCACCCAGGUUUCAUGCAUUACCUGUUCUUCAUCUUGUGCCUCUAUGCUUGUGUUACCGUCGUUGAGAGUUUGAUGAUGGCCAUAGCCAGUGUAGUUCCCAAUUUUCUCAUGGGAAUCAUCAUAGGAGCUGGGAUUCAGGGAAUAUUCAUGCUGGUUUCUGGGUUUUUUAGACUCCCAAAUGACAUUCCAAAACCUUUCUGGCGAUACCCUAUGUCUUACGUCAGCUUCCAUUACUGGGCAAUGCAGGGCCAAUACCAAAAUGACCUGAGAGGUCUCGUGUUUGAUAACCAGACACCUAACCUCCCAAAGAUUCCUGGAGAAUUCAUACUUGAGAAUGUUUUCCAGAUCAAUGUGAACCGAUCAAAAUGGUGGGACUUGCUGGUUCUUUUCAGCAUGGUUGUCAUCUACCGUCUCUUGUUCUUCAUCAUGAUCAAGGUAAAUGAAGAUGUGACUCCAUGGAUUAGAGGCUACGCUGCAAGGAGGUGGCUGCGGCACAAGAAAAACAGUAACCAGCCUGCUUCUGUGGAUCACGUCAACAGGACACCUUCACUCAGGGUCUACGUAGUUGAAGCAGAAAAAAGUUCUACUAGAAGCUAGAAAAAUCAAAGGAAGAGAGAGAGACAAGUUCUCCUAGAAGUUCUCUACUAGAAUAUUAGAAACAAGUUUGUGAUAUUUGGUGCUGUUUCAUUCUAAGCAAACACCAUACCUGCAAGUCCACGGCGACAUUAAAGUUUAUUUUGCACUUGUAUAUCGCACAAAGGAAAAGAGAGUAAGAUCGCUGGAGCAAAUAGAUCCAUGUUUGUCCUUCUCUGUAAAGGGUGAUGUUCAUCGACGUUUGUAGUUCAAUUGCAUUCAGAGAGUCUGCCAGAAUAACUUGAUAGCUUCUUUAA